CUCUACGCUGUCGUUUCACAACUUCCUCCUCUCCUCUCCUCCCCACCUCAAAAAUGGCGCCACUUCUUUCUCCUCCUCCUCUCCGCCCUCAAUGCCACUCCUCCACCGCCCCCGCCCUUCUCUCCUCCGCCUCGCCCCAAACGCACCGUUUCGCCACCGCAAGCCCAAUGCCAGACUCCACGCCUCCCUCCCUCCCAACCCUCCCCCUUCCUCCCCGAUCAUCACAAACGGCGUCGCUUUCUCAGCCCUACUCACCGUCGCCCUCGCCGUCUCCAACCGCGUUCUCUACAAGCUCGCUCUCGUCCCCAUGAAGCACCACCCUUUCUUUCUCGCCCAAUUCGCAACCUUUGGAUAUGUGGUGAUAUAUUUUUCGAUUCUGUAUAUACGGUACCGUUCUGGGAUUGUGACUGAUGAAAUGCUGAGGCUUCCGAAAUCGCGGUUCGUGGCCAUUGGAGCCUUAGAGGCACUUGGAGUGGCUUCUGGGAUGGCUGCUGCAGCCAUGCUUCCUGGACCGGCCAUACCCAUAUUGAAUCAGACGUUUUUGGUGUGGCAGCUGGGUUUUUCUUAUCUUAUCUUGGGGAGAACAUACAGAAUCAAUCAGAUUAUUGGUUGUAUCCUCGUAGCUGCAGGUGUAGUGCUAGCUGUUGCUAGUGGGAACAAUUCUGGCCAGAUGCUAUCUGGAGUUGAGUCUGUGUGGCCAUUACUAAUGAUUGCUUCAAGUGCUUUUCAAGCUGGUGCAUCUAUAAUCAAGGAAUUUGUCUUUGUUGAUGCUGCGGUUCACUUAAAGGGAAAAUCACUUGACAUAUUUGUUGUCAACUCCUUUGGAUCUGGAUUUCAGGCUCUUUUUGUACUCCUAUUUCUACCUUUCUUAUCAAAUAUGAGAGGCAUACCAUUCGCCCAACUUCCUAGAUAUCUAAAGGAUGGUGCUGGUUGCUUUCUGAAUAUGGGAGCUGCUGCAUCAGGCAAGCUUUCUUAUCUACUUUCAAUUGCUUUCUGUUAUUUUGUAAAAUACAUUGAUAUUGUAGUUGUCUAGGAUAUUUGGUGCUAUAUGAUAGGCA